AAAAUUUUUCACCAGGGGGAAGAAGAACGGAAGAAACCUUUGGCCUCUGGAAAGCAAGAGAGCAGAAGAAGCCAUGGCGAGUGCUCUCUUAUCGAUUGCGCGCUUCCUACCUUCACAAAAAGCAGAUAGUGAGCAAACUGGAUGUUUCGGUAACCUAAGGAGUUCAUUCCAUGGGAAACUGCUAUGUAAUCCGAGCCCUAUGAGGACUCAGAUCAGCAGAAUCCAAGUAGGAAGCCGUAUUGCCGUUGUUGCCUCAGUGCUUGGUCGAAGAGCACAGAAGAAAGAAACUGUAAUUCCUGAUCCUGACUACCGGAUCCCCAUUGUUCUUCUUGGUGUGGCUGGUGGCUUAGCCUAUACAGAUAACUUUGUACCAGCAGUACCAGUUGGCUUGCUUGGAUUGCUUCUCUUGUUUCAGACUACCAGGGUGAGAUUUGUGUUUGAUGGUCAGGCCUUGGAGGUAAAAGUAGGAGAGCAGCUUGAGGAAUCAGGGGAAAAUGUAUUCGUUGGUGGGAAAAACAGAUGGAAGUAUUCUACUUUUGUGAACUGGGAACUAUGGUGGCCUAACUUCCCUAUCCUGGUAUACUUUAAGGAGACCCAAACAAAACCUGAAGGCCAAAUCCACUUCUUCCCUGUCAUAUUCAAUGGCAAACAGCUUUAUGAUGUUAUGGUGGAGAGAGCUGGUCCCUCGAAAACCAGUGCACCAAAAUGAUCCUGAGAAGGCUUCAGUUCUAUAUUGAUGAUUGACCAGUAUUUCUUUCGAGGUUCAGAGAAGCAGAACAAAUGAAGUUCCAAUUUAAUGAUGAAGAAGCACAUCACCAGAUCAAACUCACAUGUUUAGAAUUGCAGAAAGAAUGCUUGUUGUCUAUCAUUCAAUCAAGAAUUGUACAAUGUAAAUGCAAUUAGUCUGUUGAUCUCUAAGUACACUAGUAAUAGAUAUAUAAUCAUAAUCCGAGUACAAACUCCUACCCUUGUUUUCCUUCCUUCUUCCAGUUCUUUCUAAUAAAAUUAAACUUCAAUGUACAAUCCUCGCAAGCAAAUGAACAUUACAAAAAUGA